ACUUUCCCUGGGAGCGGUAACAUGACCCUAUCUGAGUGAGGGAUUGAUUUCCACCUCAUUAACUUUCCUCUCAAACUUUCACUCUCCAUCCUCCCUCUCCCGCCCCUUGCGUCCCACCUUUCACUGCCAGUUCUUUCUUUCUUUCUUUCUUUCUUUCUUUCUUUCUUUCUUUCUUUCUUUUACACUCCCCAGCUCCUCCCACCCCCCUGGGCCCCUCCAAUCACUGCCAGCCCCAUCCUUCUGCGAUAGGGCCCUCGGGAAUGUCAAUCAACUCCCUUUGCCGCCCCCUCCUUUUAAAAAAUAAUCCUUUCAUUCAAUUGAACUUGAACAAAGUUUUGUAAGAGGGGAAGAAAAAAAAAGAGGCAUGAAAUAGAUGGGAGACCAGGGCUUUUCAGAGCCUCUUAUCUGAUUGUGGAAACAGCACUUAAGAGCCCUUGCCCCCGCGCCACUGCAGCUGAACCUUGGCAGUUUAGGGCACCAACUUUACCCCGCUCGGCUCGCAGUGUGAGAAAGUUUUGCACACCACUGCUCCGACCGGGCGAAGGGGGGAUCGGGUCGUUUUCAUCUCAGGUUCCACCACAGUCCAGCCAUCGUGGACCCCGCCUGCGAACUGUCCCUCUUCCUCUGGACUCAAGGCUUCUCCACUAUUUGAAGUGCGCGGGGGAGACAGACUGAUAAGUGAGCCCAUGAAUCAGAAGGGCUAAUAAACACACUACGGUGUCCCUGGUGGAGAUAGAGGGCAGGAUCUCAAUCACAAAAAUCCUAUGAUGACUUCCGCCACCAAGGUGUACUACAGCCAGACCACCCAGACCGACAGCCGCCCCCUCAUCGGCUCUGGCCUGCGCAAGCGGCGCGUGAUGACCAAGGAUGGCCGGAGCAACGUGCGGAUGGAGCACAUCGCUGACAAGCGGUUCCUCUAUCUCAAGGACCUGUGGACCACCUUCAUCGACAUGCAGUGGCGCUACAAGCUGUUGCUCUUCUCCGCCACAUUUGCCGGCACCUGGUUCAUCUUCGGGGUGAUCUGGUACCUGGUGGCCUUACUGCAUGGGGACCUACUGGAGUUCGACCCCCCGGCCAACCACACCCCGUGCGUCAUGCAGGUACACACGCUGACUGGAGCAUUCCUCUUCUCCCUGGAGUCCCAGACCACCAUUGGCUAUGGCUUCCGCUACAUCAGCGAGGAAUGCCCCUUGGCCAUUGUACUGCUCAUCAGCCAGCUGGUUCUCACCACCAUCAUGGAGAUCUUCAUCACCGGCACGUUCCUGGCCAAGAUCGCCCGUCCCAAGAAGAGAGCUGAGACCAUCAAGUUCAGCCAGAACGCGGUGGUAGCCCAACACAAUGGCAAGACCUGCCUGAUGAUCCGGGUGGCCAACAUGCGCAAGAGCCUGCUGAUUGGCUGCCAGGUGACCGGCAAGCUGCUCAACACCUACCUCACCAAGGAAGGGGAGUGUGUCCGGCUUAACCAGGUCAAUGUGGACUUCCACGUGGACACGGCUUCUGACAGCCCCUUCCUCAUCCUACCCCUCACCUUCUACCAUGUGGUGGAUGACUCCAGCCCCUUGCGGGACACGGCCCUGCGCACGGGCGAAGGAGACUUCGAGCUGGUGGUGAUCCUCAGCGGCACGGUGGAGUCGACCAGCGCCACCUGCCAGGUGCGCACCUCCUACCUGCCUGAGGAGAUCCUGUGGGGCUACGAGUUCAGCCCAGUCAUCUCCCUCUCAGCCAGCGGCAAGUACGUGGCUGACUUCAGCCUGUUUGACCAGGUGGUCAAGGUGUCGCCUCUGUGCUGCGUCCACGAGACAGUGCGGUUCGGGGACCCCGAGAAGCUGAAGCUGGAGGAGUCCUUCCGGGAGAAAUCAGAGCGGGAGGGCAGCCCCCUGAGCGUCCGCAUCAGCAACGUCUGAUCCUGCCCACCGCACACUGAGCUCCAAGGAGAUUCGCUUCACCCUUUCUUUUUAGCUGUUUUUUUCCCCUGGUCUCUUUCUUUCUUUCUUUCUUUCUUUCUUUCUUCCUUUCUUUCUUUCUUUCUUUCUUUCCUUCCUUCCUUCCUUCCUUCCAUGUCUCAUGGGGCAACUCCAGUGCUCCACUCUUUUUAGGAACGCACCGGAGGAUGGCAGCUUUAGUUCCCCCGAAAGUGCCACUCCUGUCCUUGCUGGGCCCGGGAGGCCCUGGGUCCAAGGGAGCAGCUGGGAUGCAACUCUUCCAUCCUCCAUGCCAAAGCAUUUUCCAAUCCCUCCUUUUCAGUGGCGUGGUGGCGGCAGCAUGACUGUCUGGGAGCACCGGGGCCCCCUGGGGGACAGCUGGUCACCAGCCAGGAGGACUGCACCUCCCGCCACAGAACACAGAUUCUGUAGGGUGUGGGGGGGUAACUACUCUGCCUUCGAUCUGACCCCGUCCUCACCAUGCAGACUCAAGCCUAAUGCCCAGCUAACCUGCCAGCGAGAGACAGUGCCAGGUGGCCCCAAGAGAAGCUGGCACCUCCCUCCCCUGCCCAGGACCUAGGAACAUAGCAAUGGCUACACUGGAUCCAACCAAGGACCCAUCUAGCCCAGUAGCCCAUCUCCAACAGUGGCCAGCACCAGCAUCCUCAGAGGCUGAAACUCUGUAGCAAUGGAAUAAGCUGCCCAUGGGGAAGUUUUCCUCCUGACCCCCACUGGCCCUGAAGCAGACCGGUGGAUAGCCCCUUCCAAAGCUCUUGGUUGUUUUCUUAGAUCCUUACUCUUCUAACUCUGGAUCGUCCUGUUACACAGAAAAAGGCCCAGUCCUUUUGCAAAUCCUGCUAAGCUUCUGGCCUCUAUGACCCUUGUGGCAGUGAGUUCCACCGGCUCACUGUGGGAAAAAACAUUUGUUUAAAUUUGCUGUGGGGAGCUUUGGGGGGAGGAUUUUGCCAACAGAAACAAUGGAUCUCUGAGAGCCCCCAAACUGUCUCCAUGGGAAUGAAGAGAGGGCAGCAUGAAGCUUUGAAAAGAGAAAUGGUCCCAGUUCAAAACACCUUCUGCCAUCCACAGGCCUUCAUGUGGUCCAUGGUGCUGGUCUAUUUUCCUGGAAUGUUGUGCAUACAGUCUAGGGGCCUGACGGGAGAUUAAUCCCCUUUGCUUGCUUCUCAGCACCAGGGACAGCUGGACCCAGGGCUGGCAGAGCCACACACAGACCUCAGAGCCAGCAAUUAGAGAGACUGCACACUGGGUUUGUGUCCCUGCUGUCAAGCAGCACCAGCAUCCAGUGCUCAUCACCCUGGGUUCCUCUCUCAGACCUCUCUGGGGAUUUUCAUCACACCUGAAGGAAGCUGCACUUCAACCGGAACCAGGUGCAGCUUUUGCAUCAUCAGCUUGGGUUGGCUUUUGUCCACACAAUGGUUAUAACACUGUGACAAAUCGGACUUGGAUUUCACUGCUGUUAUCACCAUGCUGCAGGCUUGGGAGCGCACGGCGGUAGUCGCUCCCAGCCACUGCAGUCUGCGCUCAAGGAGAACCCUCAUCAACUCUUAGCAAUACAGGGCCUGUGAUGGGUGGUCAAGCAGUUCUGAUUCCAUCCAGAAGAGAGCAGUGGCGACAGACCCACCAGCCAGUAUGAAUCCCCUGCAUUCAAGCCGGAAACCAGCAAUACCCCAGAGAAGUUAAAACGAAGGCGGACACUUACCUCUCCUUUGUACCCGAGCCCCAGGUACAGGCAUGCAGCUUAGACCCAGCCUUACCUCCACUGUCCCAAACAGACCUGCUGUGAUUUCGUUCUUUGUUACUGUAAAUUACUGACAUCAGAAAUGCUGAAUCCAGAAGCUGAGGCUAUGGGAAACCUGAUCGGUGUUAAAGAAAUGUUUGAUCUCAUUUUAUCCCAGGCUCUCUGAUCUGCCGGCUAUCGCAUCCGAUCUCUGUCACACAUUUCAAGGAUCAGUGUCUUGGAAGUCUGGGAACUGAGCGGGGACAUUAUACACUGAUCUGCAGUACUGUGUCUGUGUUUAAGGUGCCAUUUGAAAUUGAUUUUGUGCCUGCCACAUGGUCCCUAUAACAGUUUACUCAUGGGUCAGUUUCUUUCAUUUAAGGGUUUUGGAGGGUUUUUUAUUACAGUUUUAAAAAGAAAAAAACUUCAUAAAAUAUACAUUGACAAACAUUCACAAUGGCGAAGCUCUAGAUUGAACAGUAUUUAUAGAUCUUCUAACUUUUUAAAAGGCAGAGGACUAUUCAGGGAACUACAUGUUGGCUGAAUUGUUCUCUGCUGUGUGAAAACGAAGUGAAACCAUGUUUAAUUCUCUGUCUCCCUAGAAACAUGGUAUCGUGUAAAAAUGCAGACAGACUAGUUUAGUUUAUUAACUGGAGUGAUGGUAAUAGCUUCCACAGAGAGUUCUUUUUAACAAGUAAAGAGUUUAAAAAAAAAAAGCCCAGAAAAACAAAAGCUUAAUAGUUACACAGCAGCCAGUAACAGGUCAGAGCUAUUUUGACAUUGCUUUUAAAAUGGCACACAUUUUGCGUUACAAAAUCCCUAGUGGAUAACUGCUGCAGAGGCAUUUUCCAAAGCUGAAUAUCAGCGUUGUUCUGCUAUUUCCCUUUGCAAAAUGCCAGCAAAGAUUGGAUCACAUGAUGGAAAUGUCCCACAGAAAACACCACAGUCUGAUAGAUUAUCUCUGGGUUGGUUCAAAAAACCCAAAGGUAGGCUCUGAUUAUCUAUUGAAUUCUAAAGAACCCUAUAAUUUCUAUCUCCCCCUGUUCUGUUUCUAGAUCUCAUUGUUGGUUUCAUCCCUACCAAACCAUACGGAAUUUUUCCCAUCAGGGAUAUUAAAGUAAAAUUACUAUGCCCUGAACUAGCUGCCGGUCAGUUUCAGCACUGAUAUUCCCUGAAUGCAGAAAAAAAAUUGUUUGUUUAUAACCAUGUAACUUACAAAUGUCAGUUUCACAUCCAUUCCUAUCCCUUUAGACAGUGAGGAUAAUCACAACACGCCUGAGAUAUUGCCAGGCCAGGGGACUGAAGAGAGCAUCUCCUGAUGGAGAAGGGAGGGCCCUGGAUUGAGAUUAAGGCUACGACUUUGCCAUGCCAAUUUUUAGUUAAUUCCAUGGUGGAGGUGUGGGGAAGAAAACCCAUAGUCAUGGAAAGGUCAUGGCUUAGUUGUGGGGGCAUUGAGAACGAGCCUGGCCCACACUCACUCCGGAACAGCGGCUCCUGUCCCUUGGGGCAGGGGCUGACUCCCCGUUCCGGGCCGUCGCAGCACUACUCAGGUUUGGUGCAUCCACCUCUCCACGGAGGCGGACGCACCGCACCGUAUUUGAGUGGCGGAGCAACCGUGUGGUCCACGUCGCAAUGCCCAGUGCGGGGGGCCAGGCCCACAGGAGCUGCCUCUACCAGGGUCAGGGACCUUAUUAAAAUUCACGCCUACCAUGAACACUGUGAUGAGUAUAAAGGGAGAUUAUUUUUGGAGGAUGCAGGACAUAGACACACCCUAUGGUUCUCUCUGGCUCUUCAGCUGUCAGCCUAUGUCAGGGUCUCUCUGAAUUCUGGCCUGGGUUAUAUAUAGGCAUGCAUCCAGCAUGCAUCCUCCUGCUGCAAUAUGAGCUCACCCUGUAGCCUCAGAGCAGAGCUGUGGUUACAGAUGCUGCUGAACGAUACAGCUUAAUGUCCAGCGUCAGUCCGGCACAAAGAGCUUUUAUUAUUAGCGUUAUGUUAGCACCUCUAGGCCCCAUCUGCGAGGUGCUGUACAUACCCAUAGUGAGAGACAGGCCCCGCCCCAAGAGCCAGCAAUCUACAUAGACAAAGGGGAAACAGAGAGGAAAAAUGACAGGGUCAAGGUCAUAUAUCAUGCCAGUAGCAGAGCCAGGGAUAGACGCCAGGUCUCCUGCGGCCCAGGCUGGUGCCUUUCCCACUUUAAAUAUCCCCAGGGUGCUGCCUUCCAGCAGCCCUGAGCCUGCCCCUGCUUCAGGAGGCGGGAGCUUUGCCAUAUGCCGCAGCGGGGAGCCCAGAAUUCAGGCACAUUCCACACACAAUUAACUGCUCUGAAGACAGUGCCGUGGGCUCCUAUGAGAUGGAGCCAGCACCCCACUUGGGAGCAAAGGUUUCUAUUAAAAAAAGGAGGACUUGUGGCACCUUAGAUACUAACCAAUUUAUUUGAGCAUAAGCUUUCGUGAGCUACAGCUCACGUCAUCAGUUUCUAUUGUAAUCAGCAAUACGGCCUUCAUUGUGAUUGGCAAUCAGCUUCUUCCUUCACCUGGGUCCUUUCCCAGCAUUGUAGCCUUGAUGUAAACCCAGCUGCUUCCCUUCAUUUUCCCAUCAGGACUGAUGACAAAGGUCAUUAAUGGCUUGUCUCUCCCCCGCAAUAGGGAACAGGACACUGCCAUCAGCCCAGCUGGCGUCUGAGUGCUUUUUUUCAUCCAACGUCCCCAAGAGCUCCGCCAGUUUUACAGAACAAUUACAAACCAAGAUUGUUUCACUCACCACUGAAAUGCGGCCACCUCUGGGCCAGCACUCGGCAGCUGUUUAACAGCUGCAUGUCCACGCUGCACAGAAGUUUAAGGCAGGAAGUGAAGAAGGAUUUUUUAUCCACUUGUGACAGGAGAAUUUACGUUGGCCAAAUGUCUUUACCCAAGGUGGGAUCUGACAAUUAGUGCAACACCUGCCAUGGGAUUUUAAAUUCUUAUUCUGUAUUGUGGUAAUUAUGGACAGGACCCCAUGGAGCUAAGCACUGUACAAACAUGGAACAAAGAGAUGGUCUCUGCCCCAAGGAGCUGACAGUCUAAGCAAAUGACUACACGUGAUUGGGACCUCACUGUUAUCUCUUGUCUGCCAAAUCAACCACUGGGUCAGGCUCCCAGGUGCUGUAAAGCAGGUGUAGCGCCAUCCAGGGGGAGCCAAGCCAGUCUGCACCAGCUGAGUGCCUGGCCCACUGUGUGUCAGGGGAUGAAAAUAGAAUUGUUUGGAAAAGAAACAGAGAGCAUCACAAAUUCAUCAUUUUGCCUGGAGUUAGGCUGUGAUUAAGAUCCAACCUCCUCUCCCCACCUCCAACUUUUUCCUGAGUUAGAAUCUGAAAGCUCUUUACUUUGUGGUGCUGAAACUUUGGUUACUGGCUGGGAGGAGAAUCCCUGGAUCAUUUCAUUUAGAAUGUUAGAGCUCCUGGAUUCUAGAAUCUGGAGCCUUGUAGCACUUCCUGGGUUCUACCAUUCCAAGUCUUGCAGAAUUUUAAGGGCUACGUUCCAUUUAGGAGAAAGAAAAAGAGAAUUUUUUUUAAAGCUCUUUGAUGCUUAAAGAAUUUCCAUGGGAUUGUUUAACAGGUUGACAGUUAAAUUUAGCAACUAUAAAAAAUUCUUGUGGAGAAAUAGUCCCCUGGGUAGGGAGGCAGAUGUCACGGGGUGGGGGAGAGAACAGGCAGAGAAAGUGCAAAAGUAGAAGAGGGAAGAGGUAUUUGAGAAAGAACAUUAUAAAACCUGGAUGAUCUUUAGAAAAGUUCUAGACUUUUCCCAUUGCCCCAAACAUGUCUCUCUCCUAUCUCUGAGUCCUGGCUGCUGUGUAUGUGUGCCCCUGCCUUCUACCUGAGAGAGUCAGAAUAGGCCUUUUCUACUUCAGAAACCAGGUCACAUCGUGCGGCAUAAAAUCGAGGCCUUGACUUCAUGUGGUCAUUAAAACAAUGGCUUGCCCUUCUCUACCAUCUUUCUUCCAAGGAUCUCAAACAUUCUAUAACGAAGUCUGACAACUGUCUUGUGAGGCAGGCAAGAGAAAGCUUCACCAGCCACUGAAAUGCAGCCACCUCUGGAGUGGAACGCAGCACCUAGUCAACAAUGCACAACAACACUGUAUAACAGCUUCGCAUAUAAAGUGAAGAAGAAUACAGUAAAUUAUGGACAUGAUACGGGGUAUGACCAGAGUUCAGGUUUGAUCAGGAUACCAGAGUUACUCUUAGGAAGAGCACCAUGAGAUUUUUCAUGACAAGACGAGGUCAGAUCGAUUUCACCUGUACAGGCUGGAGCACACAAUAAAUACUCCCACACCUCCAGCCACACAGUACCUCUAGCCCCACGCUGGAGCCUUCAUUCCAUUCCUAUCCAAAGGGAAAAGCACGUGCCACAUAACUGCAAAUGCCACUCCAGUGAGCUAUCUACAGAUCUCCCACCUAAGUAGGAUGUAGGAUCAACCUGGCAUCUUCAGCACCAAAGGCACAGCCGCAUCCUAGUCAGUUAAAGGAGUCACUGCCUUAACUGCUAGUAUGAGCGGGCUCAGUAUAUAUUUAUAUGGACCAGUCACGGGAGGGGAACAUGACACACUUAGCCAGAGGGCUAGAUCCAGGCCACACCAGCUGUAGUCGUGGGCCUGAUUUUCAGUCAUGUUAAGUCCUCUUUACACUGGCUGAAAGUCAGUGUAGCAUAAUCUGCAGCCCCUCUGUGCUGCCAGAGCUGUGCAAAGGUGCCAAACAGCAUAACUGAGUGAAUCCAACCCAGAUAAAUUACACGAGGUUCCAACAAACAGGCAGGACCUGAUUCCCCAUUGCGCAGCCUCUCACACCAUCACUUACCCCUGGGCAAAGUGGGUGUGGCACUACAGAAAUAAGAAUAUUUUAUGCCCACUUUGGCCCUAGUGUAAAGGAUGUCACACUGGAAAUCUGGCCCAUAGGUGCUAUAUGAAGAUACAUUUACAACCCCCUCCCCCAGCCCAUAACUCCCCAAAGUGUCUUUCUGGUGUAAAUGUUUGAAGAAUCCGAUUACAAAAACUCCAGACUAGCGUUGUCAGAGGAACCUGGGUCUCACAUGGUCAGAUCCUACUGAAUUUCCUAUCUCCCAUUGCCCCCUUUGAGACACCCAAUUGCCCUGCCCCUGGCAUCGCCUUGGCAUUCUAGGUCUUGUGCCAACAAGUGAAACCGACAGGUUCUUUAAAGGUGGAGCCAUUGGGUUUGGGCGUCACAUCUGGAUUUUUGCAGCACUGAUAUUUUAAAGGUGUACUAGAGACUGAGAUGAAGGACCCACUGUGGAGAGGUCGAUAAGACAGCAAGAGUUCCCAACUCUGCCACUGUUGCCAAUGCAUGUGAUUUUAUCGUGAUUCUUGUGAUAGCUGGUGCUUUUCUUAAUGCCCCAGCUCCUGGAGUCCUGGGAUAAUAUAGGCAUCUCAGCUUUUGGGUUUUUUUUAGAGGACAUUUUCUAGCCCUUGUGGGUGGAGGGGCUAGAAAGUCAAAGUCGCUCCAAUGCGUCCCUAGAAGCUCAGUGGCCAGAAGGCAAAUAGAAAGGACCCAACUUUUAUUUAUUUUUUUAAAGUCAAUGUCAUGAGUUGUAAGCCAACUUCAUGAUUUUAGGGACCUGCCUCAUGAUUCCUGAAUGCUCAGGGCUGGCAAUGCUGUAUCCCUCCUGGUUCUGAAUGGUCAGCACUGGCUUAGAUGCAUUUGGGGCCUGAGUCUCAUUUACACUAAGGCCCCUUUGCACCAUUCUGGCUGCCGAAAAGAGUCUUAACGUGGCUGUAGCUGCAAAUUGCACUUUACGCUGCCAGGGCAGAGUGAGGGAGAAUCCAGGCCCCGUGUCUGUGAUGCUCAUAGGCAGAGCCUUGCUGCCUCCUGAGCUGAGCUCCUGUCUGGCUUUGUCACAGACGUAGAGUUGCUCCGAGGGCUUCUUUUCUUCUUUUCAAACGCUCGUCACGUGAAACAAAAGGGAAGGAAACAAUCAAACCCACAUCAUGCUCAAACCGAGGGCUUCUCGCUGUCUGGAAUCCCCGUGCUAAGAGAAGCAGCUUGCUAAGCCUUGAAUGGGACUGACCUUCCUGGUUCUUAGGACUGUUUGCAAAAGUCCACCCCCAUUCUGCAUGCGUCGCUCCCCAAGACAAAUGCUUCAGAGCUGUUUGCUUCUAAAAGAAAAGCAAUGUUACCCACCCAGCAGUUAAGAGAAACCCUACAAUAACAGCCCAUUGCACGCACCCCGGCACCGACAAGCAAACCACAGCGAACAGCCCAGCAUUCACAAGCAACCCUAUGAAAAUAAGCCACCGUGUGCAACCCAACGCUCAUGAGCAUCCCUACAAUAACAAGAAACCACUGCCUGCAGCCCGGCACGGGCAAGAAUCCAGAGGACGUUCAACCCCAUGGGAUGAGAACUGGCAUGGGACAGUCCCUGGACUUUCAGAGGUGGAUAGUGUCCUUUAACCUGCUUUGCUGUGCUUCUGUCUGCAGCUCCCAUCCAUCAAUCAGGCACUCCCGUGGUUAUGUCCUUUGGAAAGAGGGAAGCAGGAGUAUUGAAUAUUCUCCUGAUCCAUGUGACUCCUGGGGACACUACUCUCAUUUCCAGAGACUAUGGAAGUGUCUCAGAGCCCCCCCCCCCCCCAUGCCCUCAGGACCCCAUGCUGGCCUGGAUCUGCAGAAGGAGGGGGAUGGAGCAGAACGGUGUCUCCAUCACUUGGAAUCGGAGCAGACUGGGGCCACUGCUGUUCUGCCCGGCAGGGGUCCAGUCCACAGGACAGGGGGCUGGGAGAGCUUUCUGCUGUGUCUGCAAUCAUGGAUGUCUUGCCACAUGUACUGUGUGUCUGCCAUCAUCCUGCUAAUCCUAACAGCCUCGUGACAGGGCAGGGAAAAAAUCCGUGUGUAGGGAUGUAACAUAUGGGCAUGCAUGGAAACAAGCCUGGCACUCUGACCGAUAGCACGCCAUCUCUCAGUGUAUUCACGUGGGUGGGCGCAUGCACACAUGCAUUCACAGAUGUUCAGAUGCUUCCAAAGACAGGGGGUGUCUUAUCUUCUUUUAAACUGCUAUCAAAUAAGCAAAAGGGAAUUAAAUAAUCCCAUCUGCGCCUACGCAAAAUGGAGAGCAUCGGCACAUGCAUACACACUCAUACACGCACUGACACAUAUACACGCAUGUACACACCCAUAUACAUGCAUGCACAUAUAUAUAUAUGCAUGCAUAUCCAGACACACACAGAAACUACACUGGUUUCUUACAAGAACAGGGAUUGAGGAGACCAUGUAAGGAGUGACAAAGAGAGAGGUAAUAACAUGCUUUACAAUGACACAGAAACACCACACACACACACACACACACACACACACACACACACAUUCUUUAUAGUGUUUCUGUCUUACGGUAAAGCACCAUCAAAUACAGGAAUGGUGCUGUAUAUAUUAUUAUUAACAGCACGUAUUAAUCUAGCAUACAAUACUUCUAUAGAGAUAUAGCACCUCUCUUUGUAUAUAUACUAAGGUGUAUCUAGGCAGAUUUUAUAAUGUUACAUAUCUCUGUAUAAAUAUUGUGUUCUUUAUUAAUAGCUAUAUUAUAUAUAAGAGGGAGAGAGAUUGUAUGUAGUUAGAUCCAUAGAUAAUGCUUCUGCCUCACUCGUGCAGCUUUAGAGAUGUGUAAAAGUAUUGCAAUGAGGCUUUGGGUUUUGUUCAGAUAUCCCAGGACUCAGCCCUGGUUCACAAACCGGGGCCAAAUUUCAAGCCAGCCUGGGGUUUGUGGUGGAAGCCACGCUGGUGUUGAGUUUGGGGUUUUCCAAUCACACAACUCCAGAAGGCCAGGUGAAGCAUGUGGAGAAGAUGUUUUUGAGAAGCCCCAGGAGACCCCACAUUUUGGCGCUUCCCAUAGCUCCACUGCACAUAUUUCUUGAGCCACCGUAGACACACAGACUCAUGCUGUCUGUAUAUUGGAGGUGACGAGGUGGCGGAGUUGAGUGACACAAUCAGACGCUGUUGCCAUGUUAUCUAUUUAGCCCAAGGCUAGCUAGGUAACCCUUCCACCUGGAAUCAGAACUUUCCGCCCCUACUGAGAUUCUGAAGGGCUAAAGGCCAAUGGUUUCUACCUUUGUGAUGCCUUAGAAGCCAAGUCCACUUGGAGAUAGAUGGGCUCCAGCACGAGGGAGCCCAUGUGCUAAGUGGCCAAUGACGCCGGUGACUGCUAAGGCAAAACAGGGGUCGGGGAGUAGUUUUCGGCUCCCUCUCGGAGCCACAUUGUUGUAGAACUGGGCUGGUUUCUUGCCGAAACGGUGUCCAAAGUGAUGUAAUGUAAAGAUAGAAAGAUGGAGAAUGUCUCUGCUCUCCGUAUAAAAUAUCUAUUGAAAUAUAUAAAUCUCUAUAAAUGAAAUAUAAAUCUUUAUUUUAUUAGGGAGAUCUAACAGAACUACUGAGCACUUUGUUGUCGGAGGGUUGAGAAGUGGACACAAGACUCCAUCAAGGUCAAGGGACAAAUUCAGGGGAGCCAGGGCGAAAAUUUCAAUGCGAAAUGUUAUCCAAAUUUGAAACAUGCACAAAAAACCUGUUGAAAUGUUGGCAAAAACAUUCAUUGAAAUGCUGACACCAUUUUAUUGACAUAUGAAAUCUUGAUUUAAAAAAAUUGUUGCAAUUUAGAUGGAAAUUUUCAUUGAUAUCUGACAUUUUGACAAAAAAUUAAUUAAAAUGUCAAAAUUUUGAUUAAAAUGCUGACAUUUCAAUGGAGAUUUUAAUUGAAAUCUGGAAUUUUGACGAAAAUAAUUGUUGAAAUUUUUAUUAAAAUGUCAUUGAAAUUUUGAUGGAAAGUUUCACUGAAAUAUGAAAUGUUGACAAAAAUUGUCAUCGGAAGUUGAAAUGUUGACCAAAUAAAACAGGGAAAAAUGCAACACUUUCACAACAGUUUUCACUGUUCUCAGACCAACUCGAGAGCUCGGCGGCAGCUCAUAACAAAAUGUGAGAGGGAAAAACUACUACUGUUACUGAGCAAAACCCAGAUCUGAGCAAAAUGAUGGGGUGUAAGAAAUCUGCACCUAGUUGAGAAUUUUACAAUGAGAAUGUAUAAUGGACAUGCAAUCUGGGGCCUGAUAUACAGAUAUGAGCAUGGAUUUAUCUCGAUUUACCAACAUUUCCCCCACUUCUGAGCUGGCUUGAAUUCUGGGCGAAGUGUCCCUCGUCCCUUGAUAAACCCAUCUGCACAGCCACUGAUGGAAGCUGCUUUAUGAACGGCACAGAGCACGUUCCUUUGAGGAGGUAAAAGAAAGAGGGGACUUGCCCACUUAAGUUCGAUAUGAUAAUCAAACAUAAAACCUUGAGACACUGCUAAUUUUUUUCUAUCACUAUUCUGAGCUGUCGGUAGCCCCUCAGAGUCAGGGUGAGCUGUGAUGUUUUAACAAGGAGUUUAAUCCAAGAUUACCAGCAGCAGCAACAAAGCUGAUUUAGUGGCAUGACAAACUGAUAUCUGUACUUUGUAUAUGGACCUGCCGACAUACAGGCAUGUAUGUACACCGGCUUAGUGUUAAAGCAAACCUGCUACUGCUCAUUUAGUUCAUCUGGGUAUUAACAUAUUUGGUUUAAAAAGAAAAAAAAUCUAUGUUCAUUUUUGCCUGUUAAUUACGUACUGUACUGAAAAAAAUAUAAUAUAUAUAUAAUUAGGGAAGACGUGUUUUUAUCCACUGGAAGACUUCACAUGAAAAGUCUGAUUUUAUUGCGGGGGGGAGAAUGUUCUUCUAUUUUUUCUCUGUUUGGGAAAGAAAGUUACUAAAUAAAAAUAUUCAGAUUUUAAAAUC